UUUUUUUUUUUUUACCUGAUCAGGUAACUUCGAAAAACAUAGGCAGCACUCUUGUACAGUUUCAGAUAAGCAAAUUUUCUUAUUUCAUAUGGUUGAAAAGCGCUUAGUUAUUUGGUAAGUAUAUCCUAAUGUCAGCAGAUCUGACACUUUGUUAAUGUAUCGAGGAGAACGAAUGAUUAGCAAAACCGCUAGCGGUUCGCCCCAAAGUAAAUAAGUUACGCUAAACAUUUUAUUUAAAUGUUCGGUUAGCAAUGUACAUUUUACGUUACAUUGAUCUUUUAUUGUUUUAACGUAAAAAUAUGUACGGAAUGGAGUAGUUUACUGAAGAGUAUAAACAGAAAAAUAUACGUUACGCUAUAUUGACUGAGCUCUCCAUAACGCAAAAAUGUAGAAAAAAAGGAAACCUCAAGACAAACAACAUGGGGAAAAAAAUAGAAUGGAUGAGUUGGAGGACCAAGAGUACAGCUACAGAAGAGACUUAUCUGAAGGGUCACUUGCCCCAUUACACCACACCCAUGGAAGUCCUCGAAUGGCCAAUCUCAUCAGUCAUGGGAUGCAUUCAGUACCGGGAUACUCCAGGAUGGAAGAAUCUCGCCGGGAGGGUGACUACACCACUUACAGGAUUCUCCAUCCAUUAACUUGUGAUCCUUUGCCUUCGGUAGCCCACUUCAGAUCAGCGUCCUGUCCUGAAUACUUACUGACUCAGCCUAACUAUUACCAGCACGUACUAGGCCAACCGUAUAGCUCUUGGCCGUCCCAGGAGGCUUUUCAUUAUAGCAUGCCAUCAGAAGAGAUCUACCGAGCUGUCGCCAGUAUCAACUCUGAUGGGGCAGAUGUUUACAGUCUGGAGGGGUAUUCUGAAGAUCGAGGAUUCAGACAUCACGAUAGAAAUCAAUCCCCUGCUCUUCUUGUGUCACCACAUGAUCAGAAGCUUCCAGCUGAGACGUCCAAUAUUUGUCAGAUGCCGCAGUCAGUUCAGGUUGUGUGUGACGUGACCGGUGGAGGGCAAGUCUUCGUGCUGAACCACUGCGUUCCUGAUCAGAUUCCUUACUCUCUAAUGACGGAUCUCAACGCAGAGUCUCUGCCAAAGCCACCUGACCGGAGCUGCUCUGCUGAGUACCACUCUUCCACUAGAAAGGCAUCAGAUGCCGUGCAUUCAGAGAAGAUUGUGUCUACUAGGCCACAUCAGACCCGCAAGACAUUUGCAGGUGUCACAUCCAACCUCGAGUCUGGACCUUAUGCUUCACAGAUUGUCGUACAGGAAGAGGAUGGACAGACCAAAGGUCGAAGACGUGUCAAGUGGGAAAAAUCAAAGCGACCUUGCAACUGCACAAAAUCUCAGUGUCUAAAACUUUAUUGCGAAUGUUUUGCAAACGGAGAUGCCUGCGACAACUGCAAAUGCUUAAACUGCUACAACAACGCUGAACAUAACUUGGAGCGAUCCCAGGCGAUAAAGGUCUGUCUGGAUAGAAAUCCAGGGGCCUUUCAACGCAAGAUUGGCGGUAGUAAACAGGGCAAUGUGAAGGGAUGUCACAAAAAAGGCUGCAACUGCAAGCGUUCAGGCUGCCUGAAGAACUACUGCGAGUGUUAUGAGGCCAAAAUCAUGUGCACAUCCACCUGUAAGUGCGUGGGCUGCCGAAACUAUAAGGAAAGCCCUUCGAAGAAGAUCUCUGAGCAGGGCAGGCCUAUCUCCAGCAUCUACUGCCCGACCAGGCCGUGUGACGCCGCAAGCACAUAUGCAAUUAGAGUCACUGACAGCAAUAAGUGGAACCAUCAGCGAUGUCGUAUGGAUUAUAUUUUAAGCGGAAAAAUAAGGACCCAUGUCUUUCAAGGUCAUUCCUUAGUAGAUCAUGAGUCCUCUGGCGUGCAUCACGCUCGAUGUAGUGGAAGCCACAUGCGGCUGUCUCCUCACCCAGGCUGAAGAGGCAGAGAAGGAAGGGUACACUUCGGCUCACGCUGAGAGAAUGAUUUUGGAGGAGUUUGGCCAGUGCCUGACGCAGAUCGUCCGAUCGAUGUUCAAAUCCACCAGCGUGCGAUUCAAUGAGUAGCUCGGUGUUGUGAUUGAUCCAGAUGUGCUUUAAAUUGGUUACCAACAAUUGUUUCUGUUUAAAAAAAAAUACUUUGAAAAUUCUAAUCCUCACGACUUAAAUUUUAUUUAUGGUUUUAUAUAUCUUUAAAGUUAUUUAAAUUAUAAUUGAGAUGUUUUCUAUUAUUUAUAUUUAUAUAUAUUUUUUUACUUUAAUAUAGUGUUUAUUUCCUUUCGUUCACACAUCUGCGUGCAUUUUAUUGAAAAUUUUAUAUAUAGGUUAUUUAUAUUUAUAUGUUAUAUAAUAUAUGUUUGUAAACCAUAAUUUUUGUUAUUUAAAUUAUUCAGAUUUUUUGUAGUUUAAGAUUUGAUAUGCUCUGUAGCCAAAAAAAAAAAAACACACACACACACACACACAAAAAACAAAGCUAAAAAGGAGCAAUGUUUACAUGUUUUCCUCCAUUACCUGUUGCUUGUUCUGGAAUGUUUUAUUCUGUUCGGGAACUUGAUCUGAGUCAGAUUCUCAGUGCAGUCAUUUUCCGGCAUUACAAGUCUUGUUUUUCUGUAAUGUAGCUGUCACUGUGUUUAUCCGUAGUCAGUAAUGUAUUUAUUUAUUUAAAUAUAAAAGUGGUGUUAUUUAAAAACAAUUAAAAUUUUAUUAUUUAUAAUUCAUAUUCUGUACAUUUUAUUUCUUUAUUACCAUUAAU